UUUAUGGACAGCGAUAGCACUGCGUGAAUGGGAAGGCAUUGGAUAUCCUUUUCCUUUUUGGUCACCAAUUGAUUCAUUGGUUUUUGUUGUCGUUUUUGAGUAUCAAUUGAUCCAAUCGUCGCUUAAGACACACGAUAGUCGACCACCGCGAUGGCCAAGUCCAAGAACCACACCAAUCAUAACCAGAACCGCAAAGACCACAGGAAUGGCAUCUUUCGGCCCAAACGUCACCGCAAGGAAUCGAUGAAAGGCGUCGACGCGAAACUGUUGAGGAAUUUACGGUUUGCCCGAAAGCACAACAAAACCAGAGAUGAGUUGAAAGGUUUGGAGAAGAACUUGAAGACCGCCUCCAAAUAGACGACAAAAAAGCCAUGUUUUCUGUACUUUUUUGCGAUCAUUUCGAGUACUGACCAUUAAAUGAAGAUUUAUAUUCAUAUAAACCGAUAAUAAAAUACGAUUUUUUGUCUCAAACUUUUGGUUGUUAUUUGAAAUUCAAUAAAAAAUUCUUUGAAUAUUUUA